AUGGGAGUACAAAAUUUUUGGCAAUUAAUUGAAUCAACCGGUCGACCGGUUAAUAUGAAUAAAGGUUUAGAAGGAAAAAUAUUAGCAAUUGAUAUUAGUAUUUGGUUACAUCAAGCGGCUAAAGGCAUGCGUGAUAGACAAAAUCCACAUAUACUUUUAUUAUUACAUCGUAUUUGUAAAUUAUUACAUUUUAAAAUUAAACCAAUAUUUAUUUUUGAUGGUGGAGUACCUGAAUUAAAACGACGAACACUUUUUUUAGUUGAAUCAUUACCACCAAUACCAACUGAUGAUCAAGAAAAAGAUUUAUUUGAAUUACCAGAUACGCAUUUACGCUCACAAUUAGUCGAUGAUGAUGACAAUGAUAUUGAAGGAGACGGUGAUGAUAUUAUAGAAAAUACUGAACUUGAACCAGUAGUUAAACUUAAAAAACAACGGACGACUUGGUCAAGAAAACGACCAGAUUCUAAUACGAAUUAUCAUUAUGUUCUACCUAAGUUUAGCGAUUUGGAUGAUAGUGCACUUAAUAAUUUACCCGUUGAAAUGCAACAUGAAAUUCUAAGUGAUAUGAAAGAAGGUCUUAAACGUGGUCGACAUCAAGUUGAAGAUAUGCCUCAAAAAAGUGAUGAUUUUUCAGAUUAUCAAGUACAAAAAUUACUUAAACAAAGUUUGGUUUCACAAAAAAUUUUUAACCUUAAUAAAGCUAUGAAACGACAAAAAUUUGAUAUUCCAACAGAAUCAAAUGCUAAAGUUUAUGCAGGUAAAUUAGCAUCAGAUGCUAGUACACAAUAUAUUCUUAUUAAAUCUGAUACUGCACAAAAACCUACACCGGCAAAUUUAUCAACAAUUUCAUCAACAUCAUCGUUAAAUUCAUCGUUUAGUCGUCAAUCAACUAGUGAUUUUUGUGCUGACAAUAUGAUGAAUCGAGAUCCUUGUAGUGCAUUUACACAACGACGUAGUACAACCAUUGAAACUGAUUCUAUAAUUCCUACUAAUAUUCAUGAAUCAUCACCUAUUAAAGAACAAUCAAUAACGACAGAUGCAAGCCAAUCUCAAUUAAAAGAAUCACCAAUUCAGAGAGAAACUCAUUUUGAAUUAAAAAAACGAACUCCAAUAGAAAAAUCAAUUAUUCAAAGAACUUCUUAUGAAGAAGAUAUUGAUUUAGAAUUAGCUAUUCAAAGAUCAUUAGAAGAUCAACAAGAUUCGAUUAUAAAAGAAAAUAAUGAUAUUUCAAAUAUAGUUGAAUCUUCAUCAGAUUCCGAUGAAUCUGAUUUUAUCGAUGUACCAGUAUUACCAAAACAACGUGAACCAAUCAUUCUUCCACAAUUCGAAAAUGAUGAAAGUCAUGAUAGAAUCGAAACAAGUCAUAAUACUACAUCAUCAGAAUUUAUUGAACUUGAUAAUGAUAAUGAAACUAGUCAUAGUAGUAGUGCAGCUAUUGAUGAUAUUAAAAUGUAUAUUGAAGAUAAUAGAGAAGAAUCAUCAGUAGCCGAUGUAGAAGAUACUAAAGAAUCAUCAUUUUCUCAAUUAGAAUCAUUAGAGCAACUUCAAGCAGAAUUAAUCGAUGAUACAGCUGCUCAAUUAACAACAGCUCGUGGUAAUGAACGUUUAACUGCAACAUUAACAGAUACUAUGCAUGAAGAUACACAAUAUUUACUUCGUUUAUUUGGCAUUCCAUAUCUUGUAAGUCCAACAGAAGCUGAAGCACAAUGUGCUUAUUUAGAUUUAUCAAAUCAAUGUGAUGGAGUUAUAACAGAUGAUAGUGAUGUUUGGUUAUUUGGUUCAUCACAUGUUUAUCGACAUUUUUUUCGUCAAGAUCAAUUAGUAGAAUAUUAUGAUGGGACAAUAAUUUUAAAUCAAUUAGGUUUAGAUCGAGAAUCAAUGAUUGCAGUUGGUAUGAUUGUUGGUUCAGAUUAUACGAAAGGUAUUCCAAAUGCUGGUAUUAUGACAGCAUUAGAAAUUCUUCAAGAAUUUCAUGGAACGUGCAUGGAACGAUUAGAAAAAUUUCGACGUUGGUGGAAAAAAGCACAAAAAUCAGAUUAUAAAACUGAGUCAAAAGUAUUGAAACGUUUGAAAAAUUUAGAACUUUUUGAAGGUUUUCCAAACAAAGCUAUCUAUGAUGCGUAUAUUAAACCAAAAAUCGAUUAUGAUCAAACAAAAUUUACAUGGGCAAUGCCACAACUUGAAUUGAUUCGAGAAUUUAUUGGAACUAAACUUAAAUGGGAUCGACGAAAAAUUGAUGAUAUGAUUUUACCAGUAAUUAAACGAAUGAAUACAAAAGAAAUUCAAUCACGAAUUGAUUCAUUUUUUGCUCCAUAUGCAUUUGAAAAUAAUUCAAAAUCAUAUAGAAAAAAUACACGAUUACAAUCUGCAAUUAAUUUACUCAAAGAAAGAACUCAAGAAGCAAAAGAUACUCCGUUAGAAAAUGAGAAUAAUGAUGAUGAAGAUGAAGAUGAUAACAUUCCAAUUCCAGAAAAACAACCAAUAAAAAAAAGAAAACGAACAAAAAAUACAAAAUUAAUGAAUAAUGUAUUAGAUACUGCAAACAAAACAAAUCGAAGAUCAAAAAAGAAAAUAACUAUUACUUCUCCUGUCUUAUCAGAUGAUGAUGAUAAUUCAUAA